GCUUCUUCCUUCUUCACAUUAGUUAGGGUUUUUGCAGUUGCUGCUUCAUCUCCUGCACUACACACUAAACUGUGCGUUUUUUAACCACAAAAAUCGAUGGCUUCUUCUCGGCUCGAUUUCUUGUUCUGUAAUUUGUGUGGGACAAUGCUCACUGUCCCUUCCACUGAGUACGCACAAUGCCCACUGUGCAAAACUCGCCGAGACAUACAAGAUAUUUGUGAUAAGGAAAUAAGUUUCACAAUUUCUGAUGAGGAUAUCAGAAGAGAGCUUGGAAUGGAAAUAAUUGAGGAACAUGCGGUGAUGGAAUAUUCUAAGGUCAGCAAGAAAUGUGAAAAAUGUGGCCAUGGUGAAGCUACCUAUUAUACUAGACAGAUGAGAUCAGCAGAUGAAGGGCAAACUACUUUCUACACAUGUACCGGCUGUGGUCAUCAAUCUCAGGAGAAUUAGUGGUUUACUUUUAGGCUGUGCUUAGUUUGGGAGAGGAAAGUGGAAGGAAAAAAGUGAAAAGUGAGAUGAUUUUUUUGGUAGGAGUGAAAAUGAAAAGAAAGUUUAAAUUUUUCUUUCUUAAUUGAUUGUGUAGAAAGAAAAAGGAAGGAAAAAAAGCAUGUAUGUAAAAUGACAAAUACUAUGGAAUGGAAUGCAAUUAAUCUUUUCAGUAAAAAAUAUAUUUAGAAGUUU